AUGCCGACCAAUACAGGAAGGGAACGAAUCCAGAAGACAGUGGAGCUUGCCAACAAGAAUAGAAUCAAGAUUAUCAUCAACGGUGGUGCUUUGAACCCCGAGGGAUUGGCUGAAAAGACCCAUGAAUUGGAAAAGAAACUGAACCUGCAAGUGGCCUGGGUUGAAGCUGAUAAUCUGUACCCUAGAGUUGAAACUAUUCUCGACGAUAUCACUGCGGGGAAAUAUGCCCACCUGGAUGCUGGGAACUCGGAGGUCAAGCUCGAGCGCAAAGAGAAGCGUGUUGUGAGCGCCAAUGCAUAUCUGGGUUAUCGUGUGAUCAAACGGGGCUUGGACGAGGGCGCUGAUAUUAUUAUCUGCGGCCGAGUGUCAGAUGCCUCACCGGUGAUCGGAGCUGCGGCAUGGUGGCAUAGCUGGAGCGAGACAGACUAUGAUAAGCUGGCCGGCACACUUAUAGCAGGACACUUGGUCGAGUGCUCAACCUAUGUGACUGGCGCUAACUUUGCCGGCUUCUACAAAUAUGACAUCAGAGACCUGCUGAACCUGGGACUGCCUAUUGCUGAGGUGUUUGCCAACGGUGAAACAGUGAUCACAAAGCAUGAGACCCUGCCUGGUAUUGUCACUGCUGAUACAGUCAAGUGUCAGCUGCUGUAUGAGCUGCAGGGAAAUAUGUAUCUUAAUAGCGACGUGCGAGGACGUGAAGGCUGA